GGAGGGAUAGAUUAGGUUAGGUAGUCGAAUAUCUAUAGAGUAAUAUAUACCUAUAACCCUAUCUCUCUGUAUCUAUGGGGAAAUAAAAGAUCGAUACUACUAACUGCCUACCUCCUACCUACAUUACCUUACCUACCCACCUCAGUAUAAUAACAUACGAUCUUCCCUUGCGUCUUCUGAAUUUGAAACUGUUCACUCGCUUACCUAUAACAAUACACCUACCUCAUUCAUAUAGCUCUCGUAUCCCUUUUUUCUUCCGGUUUGGUUGAUAAGUCCAAUAUUAAAAAAAAACAAAGGCGUAAUGAGACCGAAAGAACUUAUCUGUCUUGCCCUCGGUUGCUUCUCAGCUGUCGUCGACGCUUGCAGCGGGCAUGGCCAUCAGACCAGAGAAUGGACUCAGGACGAACUCGACGAGUUGGAGAAGAAGUGGGGGGCAGAGUGGGGUUACUCAGGCAUUUCCGCGUUCGCUCACCUGCAAUACCAUAAGUGUUUGACGACGCCGAGCGAGCUGUUUGACAUCGCCAUCAUCGGUGCCCCUUUUGACACAGCUGUCAGUUACCGGCCUGGGGCACGCUUCGGCCCCCGCGCCAUCCGCGCGGCCUCGGCGCGGCAGACCUCUUUCCGGGGCUUCAACCCGCGGGCGGGGAUCAACCCGUACGCGAGCUGGGCGCGGAUCCUCGACUGCGGGGACGUGCCGGUGACGCCGAUGGACAACGCGGUGGCCGUGAAGCAGAUGACGGCCGCGUUCACGGAGCUCGGCGCGCGGGCCCCUUCCUCGCCGGCCCUGCACGCGCGCCCCAAGCUCGUGACGCUAGGCGGCGACCACAGCCUGUCGCUGCCGGCGCUGCGGGCCGCGCACGCGGCGAACGGAGGGCCCGUGCGCGUGCUGCACUUCGACGCGCACCUCGACACCUGGCACCCGGGCAAGUACCCGAGCUACUGGUCGUCGGAGCAGUCGCGGUUCACGCACGGGUCCAUGUUCUACCUGGCGGGGGAGGAAGGGCUGAUCGUCGCGAACGGGACGGGGAAGCCGAGCGUGCACGCGGGCCUGCGAACCCGGCUGUCGGGGCUGGAGGACUACGAGGACGACGACGCGCAGAACUGGGUGCGGAUCAGCGCGGACGACGUCGACGAGCUGGGGACGAAGGGGGUUAUAGAUAGUAUCAUGGAGACGCUGGGCACGGAGGACCCGGUGUACUUGUCCGUGGACAUCGACGUGCUGGACCCGGCCUUUGCGCCGGGCACGGGGACCCCGGAGCCGGGCGGGUGGACUACGCGCGAGCUGAUCCGGAUACUGAGGGGCAUCGAGGAUCUGAAUCUCGUGGGGGCGGAUGUGGUGGAGGUUGCGCCGGCGUAUCAGGGUGCCGGAGAGGAGACGGCGCUGGCAGCGGCGCAGGUGGUGUAUGAGAUAUUGAGUAGUAUGGUUAAGAAAGGGCUGAGCGAGAUGGGAAAGACGGGGGCGGCGAGUGUGGAGGAAGGGAUCUUGAUGGAGGAGUUGUAGAUGGGUGUGUAUUGUUCAAUGGGAUAUCUGGUAUCCAGGAAAAGGUGUGAUACGGGUUGAAAAGAUAUGUUUGGCAAGGAGUUUGAGAGGCCACGAUAUGAUGUGGAUGACUUGAUGUCUCCUUAACCGCUUGCCUCGAUAUUGGAAUGAAUCAUUUAGCUAUAUCAACCAAGCAUGAGCAUAGCUCAUACACAGAGCAACUUUGUGAAUAUCAUGGCUCGAGUGAAUCAUGAAGGAUAGCUUUUUCAUAGAUAUUUAGCAUUAUAUCUUAACUUCUAAGCGUGAUGCUGUACACAGAUAUUUUCAAGUUUGUGGUGGACGCAGGAAUAAUGCCGCUGUAGACAGAAACCUGUUCGACUUAUUAGCAUGUGCUGAUGCUAUGACACGAUACUAUAUAAAGAAAGUCUUGUUAUUGUUGCUAUUAUUAUAGCCACGUUGUCCCGAAAUAGCUGUCCGGAU